AAGGGAAAAAGCAGAGCAGCCGUAUAGUGGCAGACCUCAGCGAGCACAGCCUGAAGGAUGGAGAGGAGCGGGGGGAAGAAGAACCAGCAGAACGUGGGCCUGUGAACUGGGCUGGUUUUCUUGACCAAAUGGAUAGUGGAGCAUGGAUGAAGUUGACAGGCGGGUCGAGUCUGAAGAAUCGGGCGAUGAAGAAGGGAAAAAGCAGAGCAGCCGUAUAGUGGCAGACCUCAGCGAGCACAGCCUGAAGGAUGGAGAGGAGCGGGGGGAAGAAGAACCAGCAGGACAAGAGCUGCCUGUGGAUAUGGAAACCAUUACCCUGGACAGAGAUGCAGAGGACAUUGACCUGAAUCACUACCGCAUUGGAAAAAUUGAAGGAUUUGAGGUUCUGAAGAAAGUGAAGACUCUCUGCCUCCGUCAAAAUCUAAUUAAGUGCAUUGAGAACCUGGAGGAGCUGCACAGCCUCCGAGAACUGGACCUGUAUGACAACCAGAUCAAGAAGAUAGAGAAUCUGGACACACUAACAGAGCUGGAGAUUCUAGAUAUUUCUUUUAAUCUACUGAGAAACAUUGAAGGGGUUGACAAGUUGACAAAACUGAAAAAGCUCUUCUUGGUCAACAAUAAAAUCAAUAAAAUUGAGAACUUGAGCAACUUACGUCAACUGGAGAUGCUGGAGCUGGGAUCCAACCGCAUCCGGGCCAUUGAAAAUAUCGACACGUUAACCAAUUUGGACAGUUUGUUUUUGGGGAAAAACAAGAUCACUAAACUUCAAAACCUGGAUGCACUCUCCAACCUGACAGUCCUCAGUAUACAGAGCAACAGGCUGACCAAGAUGGAGGGUCUGCAGAGCCUGGUAAACCUGAGGGAGCUGUACCUCAGCCACAACGGCAUCGAAGUGAUAGAAGGCCUGGAGAACAACAACAAACUCACGAUGCUGGACAUUGCGGCAAACAGAAUUAAAAAGAUUGAAAAUAUCAGCCAUCUAACAGAGCUGCUGGAAUUCUGGAUGAAUGACAAUCUCCUCGAGAGCUGGAGCGACCUGGACGAGCUGAAGGGAGCCAAGAACCUGGAGACAGUAUACUUGGAGGGGAACCCCCUGCAGAAGGACCCACAGUACCGACGGAAGGUGAUGUUGGCACUGCCCAGCGUGCGGCAGAUCGACGCCACCUUCGUCAGGUUCUGACCCUCCUCGCCCUCACUUGCUCUUUCUCUCCAAAAGAACUUCCUGGCCACGGUUUUUUAAUCCACCCGUUGCUCCUGAAAUCAUCACUAUCAACGGUCACAACCCAAUGGCAAUAAAAAGGCACUGAGUGAUCACU